UCAUGUAAGGAAAAUCUAAGGUGAGCUAGAUGUUAACGCGAGACAAGGAUCGAUAAUUUGAACGGGAUCUCUCACUUCCGGAUGACACGAUAAUUUACCCUUUUUUGGUACCUCUUUUUACGUUUUAUAUGAAGCUCCAAGGUUAAGGUACGAGUAUAUAUUUCCGAUUUUACUCCAUGAACCAUACUCAAGUUGGGAAACCUCAGCACUCAACAAAAUUCACAAUCUUCCAAUAGUGAGUGAAGUGAGUGAAGUGAUUGACGUGAUUGAACGUGAUUGUCAGGUUUACAAAAUGGCUCCCAAGAAGACUACUACAGUCUCUAAAGCCGCCGAACCCCAUGGCUAUGAAUUUGGUGGACCGUAAGCAGCACAAUCCCUUGCAGAUUCACUGAUCUUUACUGAUUGUCGCAGAAUAGGAGCUUUUGGUAUAUCCUUCGGACUUCCUCUUCUCUGCUACGCGACGACGUUUCUCUGCAAUGAUAUUUCUGGAUGUCCAGUUCCCUCCUCGCUCUCUCCUUCGACCCUCACAAUCAACAGUCUAAAACAAGAGGUUGGAUGGCCAGAAAAUGGACUUGCGGGCUUGUCAAGCUGGGAUGUAUUUCUCAAAGUAGUAGGAUACUACUUCCUAAGCAUGGUCUUGCAUAGAAUCUUGCCGGGCGAGGAAAAGCUAGGUGUUGAGCUUGCUAGUGGGGGGAAACUCAAGUACAAGUUCAAUAGUACGUAUCUCUGCUAUAUACGCGCCAUUGGUCGGGGUGCUGUUCGCUAAUGCAUAAAACAGCUUGGUCCUCUACAAUGUUUACAUUCGCUCUAUGCGCCGCAGGAACUAUUGCCCAGGGUGCAGAUUUCCCAGUCUGGACUUUUAUCUACGACAAUUAUCUACAAAUUCUUACAGCCAAUAUCAUCAUCUCCUACGGCCUUGCCACUUAUGUAUAUAUCCGCAGUUUCAGCGUCAAACCUGGCAAUCCCGAGCUCCGCGAAUUGGCUGCUGGAGGUCAUACCGGAAAUAUGCUAUACGAUUGGUUUAUUGGACGUGAACUCAACCCAAGAGUAACUCUUCCUCUACUUGGCGAGAUCGAUAUCAAGGAAUUUUGCGAGCUACGACCAGGUCUUAUGGGAUGGCUUUUGAUGGAUUACGCAUUUGUUGCCCAUCAAUACAAGACUUACGGAUACGUUACCGACAGUAUCUUAUUAAUUACAGCCUUCCAAACACUAUAUGUGCUUGAUUCAUAUUGGAUGGAAAAUGCCAUCCUCACCACCAUGGAUAUUACCACUGAUGGGUUUGGACUCAUGCUAUCAUUUGGAGACUUAGUCUGGGUGCCAUUCAUCUAUUCUCUUCAAGCACGUUACCUAGCCGUUUACCCCCUUUCUCUCGGCGUUCUUGGCACCAGCGGUGUCCUCGCUGUUCUAGGCACCGGAUAUUACAUUUUCCGUGGUUCCAACAACGAAAAGAACCGCUUCAGGACCGACCCGACAGAUCCCCGUGUCGCACACCUUAAAUACCUCGAGACGAAAUCCGGCUCCAAACUUCUCAUUUCGGGCUGGUGGGGCGUAGCUCGUCAUAUCAACUAUGCUGGUGAUUGGAUCAUGGCUUGGUCUUACUGUCUUCCUACCGGUAUCGCUGGUUAUCUCAUUAAUCACAGCUCGGUAGCCCCCACGUCAGGCCAAUCUCUCGCCAAUGGUUCAUUUAUGUAUAGUGGACCAGCAGUACAUACGGAAGUAACACAAGGGACAGCUAGAGGCUGGGGAAUGAUCAUUACAUAUUUCUAUGUGGUUUACUUUGGUGUCUUGUUGGUGCAUAGAGAAAUGAGGGAUGAGGAGAAGUGUGAAAGAAAGUACGGUGAGGAUUGGAAGAGGUACAAGGAGAUUGUUAGGUACAGAAUUAUCCCGGGAAUCUAUUAGGAUUGCUAGAAAAAUAGAUACGUUCAGGAUUAGAUAUGUUCAGAGGGAUAGAACAGAGGAACGGCCGAUCAGAUGGUUGAGAGGGUGUUCAGAAAAUAGAGAACAGUGGAUUACGAGAGAUGUAUAAACUGUAUAAUAAUACUUAUGUAAUAUAUGAGAUUUUACUGUCUGGCUAUUUACCUCC